CUCUCGAUCAUUCAGUCCACUGAACAACUCAACAUGCUCUCAUCGACGCCACUAAGAGGUGCGGUACGGCAAUGCUGGAGUCGCCAGAGAAGGACCUUCUCUGCUUCAAAUUUCCAGCAAGUAGAAUUGUCAUAUCAACGAAUUGAACCGCCCUCGUCAAACGGACAGCCCAGUGGACAACCUAUCAUUUUUAUGCAUGGCUUGUUUGGUUCAAAAAGAAACAAUCGAAGUAUAAGCAAAGCUCUGGCACGCGACUUGAACCGGGACAUCUAUAUUGUUGAUCUUCGGAAUCACGGCGACACGGGCCAUGCUCAAGAGCAUACGUAUGAUUCCCUUGCAGAAGAUGUCGCGGGCUUCGUCAGACAGCAUCGUCUUGGGAAGACCGUUCUAAUUGGCCAUUCGAUGGGCGCAAAAACAGCUAUGACUUUGGCAUUACGAUCACCCGAAACCAUCGCAGGCUUAAUUCCCGGCAUGAAAGAAAUCGAGGCUGCCGGUGUGACCAAGCAGAGCGAGGCUGAUGAGAUCCUGGCUAAAUAUGAAUCUGCCCUCCCAAUCCGCCAGUUCCUCCUAACAAAUCUGAUUCGCGACCCUGAGAGUGCCAACCACGCGCUCAAGUUCCGUGUCCCCCUAGAUAUCUUGGGAUCGGCUCUUGAUGAUAUGGCCUUUUUCCCUUUCAGUGAUGGUGUCACGUAUAAUGGGCCGACUCUGUUCAUCCGCGGGCUUCACAGUACAUAUGUGAGCGACAAGACUGUUCCUGCUAUCAAGAAGUUCUUUCCGAAUGCGCAGAUUGCCGAUAUUGAGUCGGGACACUGGGUCAUUUCAGAAAAGCCGGAAGAGUUCCGACAAGCGGUGCUCAGCUUCUUCAAAGAAAACGAGGUGGAAUAGACGGGAGAAACAUAUACCCGACAGAUAGACAUAUAGAUAGAUAUAGACUUUGUAAUAUAAGAUAUUAGUUACCAUACCGCCUGCUGGCGUUGGCGAAGACCACCGUCGGGGC